GUGGCCUUUGUAAGGUUCCACCAUGGCGUACCGUGGCCAGGGGAAAAGGUGCAGACGGUGAUGGUGCAGCCCACCAAUCUUAUCUUCAGAUAUUUACAAAAUAGAUCUCGGAUUCAGGUGUGGCUCUAUAAGCAAGUGAAUAUGCGGAUAGAGGGCUGCAUCAUUGGUUUUGAUGAAUACAUGAACCUUGUGAUAGAUGAUGCAGAAGAAACUCAUUCUAAAACAAAGUCAAGAAAACAACUGGGUCGGAUCAUGUUAAAAGGAGAUAAUAUUACUCUACUACAAAGUGUCUCCAACUAGAAAUGAUCAAUGAAGUGAGAAGUUAUUAAGAAUCUUA